CCCCAGCGCGUGUUCCCCUGUCCUCACAGUAGAGCCAGCAGUGACAGCAGAAUGCCAAAGCGGACCAGGAGGGGAGUUGCAUGGAUGUACUCAGGCGUAUUCACGGGCACACUACACAGUGCAAGCAUGCUUUUAGGAAGUGCCUUCCAUAGCAGCUCUCUCCCGGCGUUGGUGCGGACCCCUCCUGUUAUGAUGCAGUCCACUCUGGAUAUGAAGUCCUUCAUGUCCUUCCCGGUGGACACCACAUCAGCAGUGGGACUUUUCCCCAACUUCAACACGAUGGACCCUGUGCAGAAGGCCGUAAUUAAUCACACAUUUGGAGUCUCCAUCGCUCCAAAUAGAAAGCAAGUUAUUUCCUGCAACAUCUGCCAGCUGCGCUUCAACUCAGAUAGCCAAGCCGAGGCGCACUACAAAGGAAGCAAACACGCCAAGAAGCUCAAAGCGCAGGAGACCCCUAAACAUAAGACCCUGAAAAACAACAGCACACCCAGCCAGGACAGAGGAAAGAGUAUCACAUCCUCCACCACCACCUCCUCUUCCUCCUCCUCCUCAUCUUCCUCCUCCAGUAUCGCUGUCACUGCCUGCAACUCUGAACAACCAGUUAAAAUAGGGUUAUAUCCAAACAAUAUCUACACCAUGGCGUCUUCAAAACCGUUAUUCCCAGCUGCUGGCCUGGCAUUGGCACCCUCAUCUAGCCUGUGUAAACCUCUGUGUGAGCCCACACCUGCCAGUCCGGCCCCAGAGAUGCCAAAGCCUGCCCUCACUAAACCAACCCCAGUGCCUGCUGUGCCUAUUGCUCCCGCUCCGUGCGAGCCCUCCGACGAAUCAGAGGAAGAGAAGGCCAAGAAGCUCCUCUACUGUUCGUUAUGCAAAGUGGCCGUCAACUCCCUCUCCCAGCUUGAGGCUCACAACACAGGUUCCAAGCACAAAACGAUGCUGGAGGCGAGGGAUGGAGCAGGGCCUAUCAAAGCCUAUCCCAGGCCAGGGGCUAAGCUCAAGGUCCAGGCCACCAUAACCAAAGGCUCAGGCCUGCAGAACAAGACGUUCCACUGCGAAAUCUGUGAUGUCCACGUCAACUCAGAGAUCCAGCUCAAACAG